UUUGCGAAGAGAUAAUAUCAUUCAUUUAUUCAGAUGGUCCAUUACUAUCGGUAAUAUGUCUGGCCUCCUGCACAGACGGGAGACUAACGACCGCUACGACAGUCUCUGUACAUAAUAGGUACUUCUCUGUCCCUCCCGCUGCUACUACGCACACAAUUUGAUAACGAGAGGCAUCUGUUUGUAUCCCCGAACCGCUCUCCGUGUCGACGUAGGUAUUAGAACGACCUCAAGCUACUCCAUGGUUAUAAAUGUGACAACUAUUACGGCCGGGACCAGCGCCGCCUCUUGGCAAUGGGAAAUAACCAUGUCGAGAUCUAUGUCGAACGUGUGAGGAGCCGUCUUCAGGCUAAAACACCAUCAUCCGUCUGCUCAGUUCGAUGCGCAGUCGUCGUCUCUGACCCAUGGCGCGGUCUCCGGUAAUGAAAUAGCCUCACUCCCUCACUCUCCUCCCCGCAGUCUAACAGCUGAUGGCUGCAUAGGUUUGGGGUCGUGCCUGUUGCGAUUCGACCGUCCUACUUACCCGCGGACAUGUACGUCUUGCACCCCUGUAUAGCAGUCGCCGGCGGUUGAUUGGGAUAAAAUCUCGUUGGGUACAUAAUACCUACAUCUCGCGCAUAUAAAUAGAGCCACGUGCGAGGAUCGUCCUCGUCGAGGACCCUAAGCCGAGGGAUUGCGCAGGCUGAUAUGGCCAAAGGCGAAAUUGUAUAGAAGAGUGUUCAGAUGGAUUUCGGUCAGGCUAUAGGAAGCACUGCUGUGCUGUUCCUGGCGGUGAUGGGAUCUGGCGUGGCCGCCAGGGACUUUCCGAACUGCCAGUCCGGACCUCUUGCCUCUAACCAAGUGUGUAAUACAACGCUCGACCCGUGGGCCAGGGCGGCAGCUCUUGUCGCCGGGUUCACCCGCAAUGAGAAAAUCUCCAACUCCUGGGAUAACUCCCCGGGGGUGUCCCGCCUAGGCCUCCCGGCUUACGAGUGGUGGAACGAGGCGUUGCACGGUGUUGCCCGGUCCCGCGGCGUCCAGUUCGCCAGCUCGGGCAACUUCAGCUACGCGACCUCCUUUCCGCAGGUCAUAAACAUCGGGGCCACCUUCGACAUGCCGCUGGUCCGCGCCAUCGCCGAAACCACUAGCACCGAGGCCCGCGCCUUCAGUAACGCCGGCCGCUGCGGGCUCAACUUCUGGACUCCAAACAUCAACCCGCUCCGCGACCCGCGCUGGGGCCGUGGCCAGGAGGUCCCUUCCGAGGACCCUUAUCUGAUUAGCCAGUACGUUGUGCAGCUGAUUCUAGGUCUCCAGGGCGGGCUCACAGCGGACCCGUACUACAAGCUUGCCGCCACCUGUAAGCACUUCGCCGGCUACGACAUGGAGAACUGGAAGGGCAACCGCCGGUACGCCUUCAACGCUAAGAUCACCGCUCAGGACCUCCAGGACUAUUAUCUGCCUCCGUUCCGCGCAUGCGCGCGCGAUGCCAACGCCCAGUCUGUAAUGUGCAGCUACAACGCCGUAAACGGUGUGCCGACCUGCGCCGACCCCUGGCUGCUCGGCGAUGUGCUGCGCGGCCUCUACGGUUUCGCUAGCGAGGACCGCUGGGUCACUGCCGACUGCGACUCGUUGGAGAACGUGUGGACGGACCACCGCUACGGCAGCUCCGCGGCCGGCGCCGCCGCUGCCAGUCUCAACGCCGGCACUGACCUCGACUGCGGCCAGUUCUGGCCUCAGAACCUGCCGUCGGCGUACAACUCGCGGCUCUUCAACGACACCGUGCUUGACCGCUCGCUCAUCCGCCGCUACGCAUCCAUGGUGCGUGUCGGCUGGUUUGACCCCCCCGCACGUCAGCCGUACCGGCAGCUCGGGUGGGACUCUGUCGCGCGGCCCGAGGCGAAGGCGCUGGCGCUGCGCGCUGCCCAGGAAAGCCUCGUGCUACUCAAGAACAGCAACAGUGCGCUACCGCUGGCGCCUUCGGUCAAGCGUGUCGCCGUCGUGGGGCCCCUCGGCACGGCUACGACGCAGAUGCAAGGGAAUUACUACGGUACCGCGCAGAGUAUCUCGACGGUCGUGUCGGCAUUCCGCAGCGCCGGAUACGAGGUAUCGAGCGCGCAGGGGUGCGGUGUGACGGGGUCUGCCACGUCUGGGUUUGCGGCGGCGCUAGACGCAGCGCGAGCUGCGGACGCCAUCGUGUUUGUCGGCGGCAUUGACGUCAGCGUUGAGGCCGAGGACCGUGACCGCGAGCAGAUCACCUGGCCGGGACAACAGCUGCCGCUGAUCCGGCAGCUCGCGGCGGCCAAGGGUGCAAAGCCGCUCAUCGUCGUGCAGAUGGGUACCACGGUCGACAGCUCUGAGUUGGUUGCGAGCGUCAACGUUGAUGCAUUGCUCUGGGCCGGGUAUCCCGGGCAGGACGGAGGCGCGGCCAUUUUCAGUGUGCUGACGGGUGCCUUCGCGCCUGCCGGCAGGCUGCCCGUAACGCAGUACCCCGCCGACUUUGUCAACCAGGUCCCCAUGACGGACAUGAACUUGCACCCCGGCACGAAUAACCCUGGGUGAGUCGCUGGCGUCUCUCCCACCC